AUGAUGGCGUAUAUGAACCCGGGGCCCCACUAUUCUGUCAACGCCUUGGCCCUAAGUGGCCCCAGUGUGGAUCUGAUGCACCAGGCUGUGCCCUACCCAAGCCGUCCCCUGGCCCCGGAUCCUCCAAGGAGACAGCGGCAGGAGCGCACGGUCUACACUGAAAGCCAGCAGAAAGUGCUAGAAGGUUGCUUUCAGGAGGACCAGUACCCGAACUACGACAAGCGACUGAAUCUGGCGGAGACACUCGGCCUCAAGGAGCAACAACUGCAGGUGUGGUUCAAGAAUCGCCGCGCCAAACUAGCUCGGGUGCGGCGGCUCCAGCAGCAGCCCCAGCGCGUCCCUGGGCGGAGAGGCCGAGGAGCCCGCGCUGCGCCGCUAGUCCCUGCAGCCUUCGCCCCCGUCCCUGGGAGUCCUGAGUUCCCUCAGGGCAGGGGUUCCUGGAUCUCCCCUCAGCCGGGACCCUGGGGAGUCCUCCCAGCAGCAGAAGCCAAGAUCUACAGCCUCCCCCGGACCUGGGGUGGCCCUGAGUGUGGAACACAGGAGAGCCUCAAGGCUGCCCCGUGUCCAGGCCCUGGCCCAAUCCCAGCCCCUAUCCCAGGCCCAGCCCAGAUCCCAGGCCCAAUCCCAGGCCCAGCCCCGAAUUUAGACCCAAUGUCAGGACCACUCUCAGGCUGGAUCCCAGGUCCAAUCCCAGCCCCCAUCUCAGGCCCAGGCCCAGUCCCAGACCCAGUCCUCGGCGGAGCCCUGAUGCCAGGCCCAGGAUCACUCCCAACCCUAGCCCCAGGCGCCUUGUGGCCUCAGAGCCAGUAUGCCUCCAACUUGUCGCCAGACAGCCAGUUAUUCCCUGACUUCACGGAACUGCUCCCGCUCCUAGACCCGUUCGAGGAAUCCUCACUCUCCACCAUGACAUCUCAGUACAAAGAGGAGGAUGGCUCCGUGGACAAAAAUCACUCAAGCCCCAGGUCAUUACUGGAUUUAUAG